CAAUGAGUUCUUAACGAGAGCUACAUCCAUUCGGGUUAACCCAAAUUUGUCGGACCCGUUUCGUUUUAGAAAGAAAUUACAAAUAUCGGGUGUAAGAAUUGAUACGGUUCUAGGGUUUGACGGAUGAAUUUGCGAAAAAGUUGGUGUGUGAAACUGCAAUCCAAGCACCUCACACACACUAAUAGGUGAGAGAGAAAUCGGGUCAGUGUGGAGAUCAGAUGAUUUUUACGAUAACUUCGGGGACUCGCCGUCUCAAGAAUCAAGAUCCAUCACCACUAGUGGCGCACCGAAUUUGAUUAGAAAGCAAUUAAACCCCAUUUCUGAAUUAUCGGCGUUUUUUUCUUAUUUGGGAAAGGAAGUUUUGAUUUUUAUACAGACAAAGUGAGUAGAGAGAGAAAAUUGUUGAAGGGGAUCGUAAGGUUUUAAACGAUAGCUGUUGGAUUUUUGGAGGGAUAUGUAUUGGUUUUCAAUAUAGGAACUUCCUUUAAAAAAUAUAAUUUUUUUGCAUGCAAUCCGGUGGCGGGGUCCAGCACGGAGGGGGUGGGCAUGGGCGAAACAUGGUGCCCGGACCACCAUCCUCCUCCGCAUCUCCGUCAUCUUCAUCAUCGGCUGUUUCCACUCCCCAAUUGGGGUUUGAUCCAAUGCAGCAACAACAACAGCAGCAGCAGCAGAGACAGUCAUUGCAACAGCAAUUGCUUCGAAACCCUGAAGGUAGAGAAGCAAUGUUAGCGUAUCAAUCUGGAAAUCUUCAAGGAGUCUUGGGAGGAGCCAAUUCUAUUCAAAUGCAACAGGGGCAAAAUCGGAAUCCGGGUUUUGAUCAACACAUGAUGAAUCCUGUUCACCAAGCAUACGCUCAGUACGCAUUCCAAAACCAACAGAAGAUGAGAAUGGCGGGAGUGGGGCCUUCAAAAGAUCAGCCACAAACAUCACUGUCGAAGAAACCGACAGAUGAAGGACACCUGGCGGUUUCCGAUCAAACCCAAAACCAGAAACAGUUUGCUGUGCCGACAUCUGGCAGUCAAUUGAUGCAGGGGAAUAGUAUACGCCCCAUGAUGGCCCCACAACAAGGGACGCAGAAUAUGACAAUGGCUGCUCAAAUGCAAGCAAUGCAGGCAUUGGCUCUCGAACGUAACAUUGAUCUCUCACUUCCUCAAAAUGCUCAUUUUGUGGCUCAAUUAAUCCCUCUUAUGCAAGCAAAAAUGCAAAAGGCGAAUGAAAGCAACAUGGGCCUACAAAACAAAAGUUCUGGUGAUGUUUCAGGGUCCACCAAGCCACGUCAGCAGACCAUGCCGCCAGGUCAUCUGGGUUCAACAUCGAAUCCGUUACUAGUCAACAAUGCAAAUCCUGGUCAAGGUCAACAGCUUCCUUUAAGGCAGGGUAGUGGUGUGUUGUCAUCUAUGCAACCUCCACAAUCAUCCAUGGGCAUGAACCAGAGCAUGUUGACUGGUCAACAGAUGAAUCGAUCUUCUCCACAACCAACAGCUUCAUCUAACAGUGCUGGACCUCCAAAUGCUCAAAAGGGACAGGUGUCACAGCGGGGACCACAUUCGGGGUUUACAAAACAGCAACUGCAUGUUCUUAAGGCACAAAUACUAGCUUUUAGGCGUAUAAAGAAAGGAGAUAAAACUCUACCGAAUGAAUUACUUCAAGCUAUUUCCCCACCGCCCCUCGAAGCACAAACUCAACAGUCAGCUUCCCCUGGUCAAACCGUUAAUGUAAAAAGUCAACCUGAUGACCAGACAGGACAUUUAGAGUCCAACGAAAAGGAUCUUCAAGCUGGAGCAAACAAUGUAAAAAGAGAAGCUCAUGAGGAGAAUGUCACAACAGUUAAUGCACAAGGUACAUCAAUGCAGAAGGAAACUCCACCUGUUCUUCCUCCUAAACAGGAACACGAGGUCGAACCCGUGAUUCAAAAAACUUUACCUCCUACAAGUGACAGCCCAAUGGACAAGGGUAAAUCGGUAAUUUCAGACCCGGUUGUUGUCCCCGACAAUGUUCAAGGUAAACGACCUUUACAAGCGGGUCCCCCAAAUCCACCUCAACCGAAAGAUUCUGGGCCUAAAAAGUACCAUGGCCCGUUGUUUGACUUUCCAUUCUUUACCCGAAAGCAUGAUGCUUUCGGGUCAAGCAUGAUGCUCAACAACAAUAACAAUCUUACACUCGCGUAUGACUUAAAAGAUUUGAUUUCUCAAGAGGGUGUCGAAGUGGUCAACAAAAAAAGAAACGAAAGUAUUGAAAAGAUUAACGAUUUACUAACAGUUAAUCUAGAAAGAAGAAGAAUAAGACCAGAUCUUGUUUUAAGGCUACAAAUCGAAGAAAAGAAAUUGAAAUUACAAGAUUUACAGAAAAGGGUAAGGGAAGGAGUUGAUAAAGAACAACAAGAGAUAAUGUCGAUGCCGGAUCGACCCUACCGGAAAUUUAUCCGGUUAUGUGAAAGACAACGAAACGAUAUGAAUCGGCAAGUGAACGCUGCUCAAAGGGCAAUUCGGGAAAAACAAUUGAAAUUAAUUUUUCAGUGGAGGAAGAAGCUUCUAGAAUCUCAUUGGGCGAUACGUGACGCGAGGACUCAGAGGAAUCGGGGGAUUGCUAAAUAUCAUGAGAAGAUGUUGAGGGAGUUUUCAAAGAGAAAAGAUGAUGAUAGAAGUAAGAGAAUGGAGGCUUUGAAGAAUAAUGAUGUGGAAAGGUAUAGAGAAAUUCUUCUAGAACAACAAACCAGUAUGCCUGGUGAGGCGGCUGAGAGGUACGAGGUUCUUUCAUCGUUUUUGUCACAAACGGAAGAUUAUCUCCAAAAACUUGGGAGCAAAAUUACGGCUGCAAAGAAUCAACAGGAGGUUGCUGAGGUGGCGAAUGCUGCUUCUGCUGCUGCUAGAGCUCAGGGUUUAUCUGAAGAAGAAGUGAGAGCUGCAGCCUCUUGUGCUGGAGAAGAAGUUAUGAUAAGAAAUCGUUUCUCUGAAAUGAAUGCCCCACAAGAUGGCUCAUCUGUUAGCAAGUAUUAUACUCUCGCACAUGCUGUGAAUGAAAAGGUGAUAAGGCAGCCAUCAAUGUUACGAUGUGGAACUUUACGUGACUAUCAGCUUGUUGGGUUACAAUGGAUGCUUUCAUUGUACAACAAUAAAUUAAACGGAAUAUUGGCCGAUGAAAUGGGUCUUGGGAAAACCGUGCAGGUUAUGGCAUUAAUUGCUUAUUUAAUGGAGUUCAAAAGCAACUACGGCCCACAUCUUAUUAUUGUUCCAAAUGCCGUUCUCGUGAAUUGGAAGAGUGAGUUACAUAGUUGGUUGCCAAAUGUAUCCUGCAUUUACUAUGUUGGUAACAAGGAUCAACGCUCAAAACUCUUCUCUCAGGAGGUUUGUGCCAUGAAAUUUAAUGUGCUGGUGACAACCUAUGAGUUCAUCAUGUAUGAUCGGUCAAAGCUUUCAAGAGUUGACUGGAAGUAUAUUAUAAUUGAUGAAGCUCAAAGAAUGAAGGACAGAGAAUCAGUUUUAGCCCGUGAUCUUGACAAAUACAGGUGUCAAAGACGACUUCUCCUCACCGGAACCCCCCUGCAGAAUGAUCUUAAAGAACUUUGGUCGUUAUUGAACCUGUUACUUCCAGAAGUUUUUGACAAUCGAAAAGCUUUUCAUGAUUGGUUCUCGAAGCCUUUUCAAAAAGAAGCAGUCACAGCUGAGGAUGAUUGGUUAGAAACUGAGAAAAAGGUCAUCAUUAUACACAGACUUCAUCAAAUCUUGGAGCCUUUUAUGCUUAGACGCCGUGUUGAAGAUGUUGAAGGUUCACUUCCUCCAAAGAUUUCCAUCAUUUUGCGGUGCAAAAUGUCGGCAAUUCAGGGCGCUGUAUACGAUUGGAUCAAAUCCACGGGUACAAUUCGGGUCGACCCGGAAGAUGAGAAACGCAAGGCUCAAAAGAGUCCAAUGUAUCAACCAAAAACAUAUAAACCAUUAAACAACAGAUGCAUGGAGCUUCGAAAAGCCUGCAAUCACCCUCUACUCAAUUACCCAUAUUUCAACGAUUUCUCCAAAGAUUUCCUCGUCCGAUCAUGUGGCAAAUUAUUUAUUCUUGACAGAAUAUUAAUAAAACUUCAAAGCACAGGGCAUCGAGUUCUUCUAUUCAGUACAAUGACAAAACUUCUAGAUAUUUUGGAGGAAUAUUUACAGUGGAGAAGACUUGUUUACAGAAGAAUAGAUGGAACAACAAGUUUAGAUGACCGUGAAUCCGCUAUCGUUGACUUCAACAGCCCGGAUACCGAUUGCUUCAUCUUCUUACUCAGCAUCCGGGCAGCCGGGCGGGGGUUGAAUCUCCAAACAGCCGACACCGUCAUCAUCUACGACCCUGACCCGAACCCGAAAAACGAAGAACAAGCGGUUGCCCGAGCUCACCGAAUCGGGCAGACCCGAGAAGUCAAAGUCAUCUACAUGGAAGCCGUGGUUGACAAAGUUUCCAGUCAUGAAAAAGAAGACAAUUUCCGAGUCUCCGGAAUCGUUGAUUCCGACGACGACCUCGCCGGAAAAGACCGUUACAUCGGGUCGAUCGAGAGUCUCAUACGAAACAACAUUCAACAGUACAAAAUCGAUAUGGCGGAUGAAGUUAUAAAUGCGGGAAGAUUUGAUCAAAGAACAACACACGAAGAGAGACGAUCGACUUUAGAAACAUUGUUACGCGAUGAAGAACGAUACCAAGAAACCGUACACGAUGUACCCUCUUUACAAGAAGUCAACCGAAUGAUUGCAAGAAGUGAGGAAGAAGUCGAGCUUUUUGACCAAAUGGAUGAGGAAUUCGAUUGGUCCGAUGAAAUGACGCGAUACGAUCAAGUCCCGAAAUGGUUACGCGCCGGGACCCGCGAAGUGAACGCUACAAUCGCACGUUUGUCGAAAAAACCGUCGAAGAACAUGAUUUAUCCGGAAAAUAUAGAGCCCGUAAUGGAUGUUACACAAAGAAGAGGGCGUUAUAAAGAUAAAAAAUUCCCGAAUUAUGCGGAGUUAGAUGAUGAUAUUGAGGAGUUUUCGGAGGCUACAUCGGAAGGAGAAGCAGAAGGUGAAGAUGAUGAAAAUGAAAAUGAAAAUGAAACUCCGGUGGCUGUAAAAAGUCAAUCAGAAGAGGAUAUUCCGGCGACCGGAAACCGGUAUGAGUAUCCCCGGGUACCUAAUGCUGCAAAGCUUCUAGAAGCUCGGUCUUCAGGGUCAUCCUCUGAUAGCCGGAAAGUGAUGCCGAUUGCAACGCCUUCUAUUUCUUCUCAGAAGUUUGGUUCGCUUUCUGCACUUGAUGCUAGGCCUGGUUCUCGUUCGAAAAGGAUGCGUGAUGAUCUGGAGGAAGGUGAGAUUGCAUUUUAUGGAGAUUCUCAUAUGGAGCUUCAACAAUCGGGUGAAGAUGAACAAGUUUUGCAACCGAAUAUAAAACGGAAACGAAGCAUCCGUCUUCGACCAAGAAAUGCAACCACUGAGCGGUUUGAAGAAAAACCAACUCUCCUUCCUACUUCUAAUUCCCGCUUACCUUUCCAACCUGAACGUGAACGUACUAAACUACAUGUAAAAACCGAACCACCUGAACAAAAACCAGUAGCAAUUCCUCAAACCAAAAGAACUCCUCCUCCUCCUACUCGUAAAAACUCAAAUAAUAAUAAGGCUCCCGUCAGACCAACCAGAGGAAAUUCCAUUUCUGCCCCUCUCAAAGAGGAGACCAAAGAAAGUUUGGAUGCUAAAGUAGGACCUUCUCUCGGUGGGAACAAGAUGUCCGAGGCUAUCCAAAGAAGGUGCAAAAAUGUAAUAACAAAGAUCCAAAGGAGAAUCGAUAAGGAAGGUCAACAAAUUAUUCCUCUGUUGACUGAUCUUUGGAAAAGAACCGAAAGUCAUGGGAAUAGUCUUCUCGAUCUAUACAAGAUUGAACUUCGUGUGGAUCGACUGGAAUACAAUUCUGUUCCGGAGUUGAUUUCCGACGUGCAGGUUAUGUUGAAAAGCGGAAUGCAGUAUUUUGGAUUUUCACAUGAGGUGAGAUCGGAGGCAAGAAAGGUGCAUGAUCUGUUUUUCGAUAUAUUAAAAAUUGCAUUUCCCGAUACCGACUUCCGAGAAGCCCGAAGCGCACUCACUUUCUCGGGCUCAUUAGCCACUUCCGCAUCAGCAUCCGCAUCGUCUCCAAGAGGCAUACCUCCUUUUGGUCAACCCAAGAGACAAAAACAAAUACUUGAUGUUGACCCGCAACCUACCCCGGUCCCACGGGCACUUUCCCGUGGGCCCGGGUCUAUGACUCAACGAGACACAAGGUUCGGGAAGGACUCGAUCGACGGUCAAGAUGAACCGAGAUUGACCCAUCCGGGUGAGCUCGUGAUCUGUAAGAAGAAACGGAAAGACCGGGCGGUUAAACCGGGCAACCGUUCAGGUGGUGGUUCGGUUUCACCAACGGGGAUUGGUCGUGAAAUUAGGAGCCCGGGUCAAACCCGGCUGAGUCAAAGUCAAAGUCAACAGGGUUGGUCAAAUAAUCAGUCUCCGGGGACUGGGAGUGGGGUCGGUUGGGCGAACCCAGUAAAGCGGAUGAGGACGGAUGCAGGGAAAAGGCGGCCCAGUCAUAUGUGAAAUGUGAUUGUUGUGGGUGUUGUUAAUUUAUAAGGGUUUGGCUGGGCGUUGACUAUAUUAUGUGGGACCCGUGAGUACUAGUGUUGAAGCAAGCAGAUUGUACACAUGGGCGAUUGUUUAUGAAAGCUUUUGUCCGAUAUUAGUAGUGUCGAUAUAUGUAAAACAUAAUGGCUUUUCGGCUAAGAGACUUCUAUUUAUAAUUUUAUAAUCAAUAUGUAUGCCUAUGCCCGUAUCCAUGGGUUUUGGAACAACAAAAACAGUAAAAAGUUAUGCUUAAUAUGCUUAAAACCUACCAAUUUUGUGGUUA